GAGGUUUUUCCUGCUCGAUGGUAAGACAUUGGCGCUUGCGCAUUGGACUUGGCUGCACAGGAACGCGUUUGCUGAAGGAUGGCAGCACCCGGGAGCGUGGAAGAGAUGCGGACUCGCGUGGUUCUGGGCGAAUUCGGUGUUCGCAAUGUCCACACCACAGAUUUUCCUGGGAAUUAUUCAGGAUACAAUGAUGCUUGGGAUCAGCAAAGAUUUGAAAAGAAUUUCAGAGUAGAUAUGAUCCAUAUGGAUGAAAGUACUUUGGAAUUUGACAUGGUGGGGAUUGAUGCAGCCAUUGCUAAUGCUUUCCGGCGGAUCUUGCUUGCUGAGGUGCCAACCAUGGCUGUGGAGAAAGUCUUUGUAUACAACAACACUUCCAUUGUGCAGGAUGAAAUCCUGGCUCACCGUCUGGGAUUAAUUCCUAUUUGUGCAGAUCCUCGUCUCUUUGAAUAUAAGAGUGAAGAAGAUGAAUGUGAUGAAAUUAACACACUGCAGUUUCAGUUGAAAAUAAAAUGCAGCAGGAAUCUUCAGGCGGCUAGAGAAUCAUCUGAUCCUAAUGAGCUUUAUAUCAACCAUAAAGUUUACAGCAAACACAUGGAGUGGGUACCACUAGGAUCUCAAGCUGACAACAUGAAUGCAAAUUUCCGACCUGUCCAUGAUGAUAUCCUCAUUGCUCAGUUGCGUCCUGGCCAAGAGAUCGAUGUACUUAUGCACUGUGUAAAGGGCAUUGGCAAAGAUCAUGCCAAAUUUUCUCCAGUUGCCACAGCCAGUUACCGUUUGUUGCCAGAAAUCACUUUAUUGCAACCUGUUGAAGGGGAAGCAGCUGAGCGGCUGAAAAAGUGUUUUUCUUCUGGGGUUAUCGAGAUUGAGGAAAUCAGAGGAAAGAAAGUAGCAAGAGUAGCUAAUGCUCGAUUGGAUACAUUCAGUAGAGAAAUUUUUCGUCAUGACGACUUGAAAAACCUUGUACGUUUGGCUCGGGUACGAGAUCAUUACAUCUUCUCUGUAGAAUCUACAGGCAUCUUGCCUCCAGAUGUGCUGGUGAGUGAAGCAAUCAAGGUACUAAUGGGAAAAUGCCAGCGCUUCUUAGAGGAGCUAAAAUCCAUCCAGAAGAAAUAAGCUUGGGAACACAAAGACUCUUGUGGGGAAAAUACCAUUAUCAAAAUCCCUACGUCUGAUUGGAAAAGGAACAAUUUUAAACAAGACUGCAUCAGUCUAUAAGAAAAUGACCCUUCUGAGAUGUCAAAGAAGAACAAUGGUUGCUGUACCAUUGCUAUUAUUUACAUAUCAUGGACACAACUGAAAAUUCAGGAUAACACAGUGCCCUGUGUACUAUUUGCAGUCCAGUGAUGGUGCAUGUCAUCCUUUGAUAAGGUUUUGCAAUCACGUGCACAUGGAGAUUUCUAGAGUGAACUGUCCAAUUUCCUGUGUUAAUCUUAGUUUUCAUUACAACAGUGGUGUAGAAAUCUUACCUCUGUGUACUGAAUCACCUAUUAUGUAGUACCUUUUUGCUGAUCUGGUACUAAGUACUACUGACAGUUUUACAGUCUAUAGUUCCUACCAGUCAGCAAACAAACACCCAUCACCAAGUCAGUAGGCCUGUGUCUGAGCUAUACAAUUCUCUGCUUCAACAUUAAUGAAAAUACUCGAUUCUUUCAAAAAUGUAAAUCCUGUUAACUGUCAUUAUUUAGUUAGUACAUUUAUGUAUAUAUAUGCUGGUUUCCUAACAUUCUCUCAGUACAUUUAUUAGAUACUUUUUUGUUACUGGGAUACAUGCCUCUCUUUAAAGUAGGGAAAAGAUCUCCUGAAUAUUCCUCCUACCCUGAGUAUUCUCCUGGGAUUCCAACUGUUUUCAAAGUUAAGAAGGUACAUUUUAGCUACUUUCUGGCAAAACCUGAAUAUGCUUCCUGUUUAAUCUAUUAUUCAUUGAUAGAGCAUUUCUAAAUUGAAACAGGAGAGAAGACGCCUAUUGAUCAAAUACUUGAAUUAGAAAAAUUAAGCUGCAAGAAAUCCUCUCUUAAGAUAGGAAUACUGUAUGUAACUCUUUGAAGUAUGUAAGUUAAGUAUAUAACCUUUUGUAGCAUAUAUGAAAAGAGUAGCAGGCAUAGGACACUUAAUUGCUCUAGUUCCUUCUGCUACUUUAUCAGAAAAUUUAUUUUUACUUUAUUGAACAAUCCUAUUAGCCUUGAAAAACUGGAGUUGCCCAACUUUAACAAGAAUGCCUAAUUUUUACCCAAAACUUAAAAUAUUUGACUAUAUUCAACAAAGCAAGACAAAGCAUUCACACAAAAGCUUGAAGCAUUAACGCAUCUGUAAGCUUUGCAUUGCUACUUUGAAGUCUAUGCUUACUUACUGUAUGUGUAAAGUUUACUAAAGAUUUCUGUGAAAAUUUAUGCAUGCACAAUCAGGUACAUCUUUUGUAGUAGCUGAGUGGGCCUUCCAAAGGAUGCAGCUGAUUAAUGUGUUGGAACAGGAAUGCUUCAGUCUGGAUAGCAUGUUUUGUAUUAAGUAUGCAAUUCUCAUUGUGCAGUGUUUGACCCAGAGAGCAACUGUGGUGAUGUUCAAAAAAGGUGUGGAAAGAGUUAAUGCAAAGGAAGAGCAAUGUUUGUAUAAAAUGAAGAUAUUUUUUACUGACAUUGAUUUGGAGAGAUCCUCAGAUAACAACAUCCCUACAAAAAAACCCUCAUUUGUUUUAAAUGCGUCUAUUACGGGCACAGUAAGUUAAAAUGUAAUUAAGACACAAUAAAUAUAGUUAGGCUAGUUUCCAAAACUAUUUAGCAGGGGAAUUUGGUUUAAAUAAAUGUUACACUGAGAUUAGGAUUAUAAACAAGUCAGAGUGGAGUCUGGCUAGUAGUGAGGAUCCAAAUAUUAACAUUAAGACCUGUAUUCUGUCAUGUAACCAGAUGUGUACACUACUAAACCGCUCAAUUGAAAAACAUUCUGUUGUAUCUGUAGUCAAUCUAUUACAGCAGUCACUAAGGAAAGAUUUAUUUGAUACUAGUUCUUCAGACUGAAAAUUAAAAUCUGGCAAAUUUACGCCCACAUUUUAUCUCUCUUGAACAAACAUUUAAGACCUGGCCUGGAGGCAGUCUGUACCAUCAGACACCGAACAAAAUAAUCCAGAACUGUACUGCUCUACAUUCAAGGGCACAUUUCAGCAUGUUAUUUUAGACCAGUAUAAAAUAAUUCUGAAUUCCUUUUGUUUAGAAAAUUAUGACUUUUGACAGCUAGAAUACCUAUUUCAACCAUGUUUCUAGGGCAAAUGAUGUGUAUUUAACUUGAGGCUCCCUGAGGGUUGAAUUAAAAAAA